CCCUGCGACGCCGAGAUCCUUUGAGACUGCAAAGACUAUUUAAAGAAGGAAGACGGCAUGAGAUUGGGAUUCAGUGCAGUAAAGUAGGUUAGUUUGAGGACAAGAAAAAAAGUCAUUAUUUAGACCUUCUUGUGUUGCCGUGAUGAGAACUUACCAUUGCUUCUGGCUGCUGUUUUGGGCUGGUCAGCCCCACCAAAGUUUCUUAACUCCAUUAUCCAAAAGGACUAGUGGCUUUCCAGAAAAGGAAAAGGUUUUGGUAUUGUCUGGAAACAGCAGGCGAGACCUCCAUCGUUCCAAAAGGAGCUGGAUGUGGAAUCAGUUCUUUCUAUUGGAGGAAUACACAGGAACUGACUACCAGUAUGUUGGCAAGCUGCAUUCAGACCAGGAUAAAGGUGAUGGAUCACUUAAGUACAUCCUUUCUGGAGAUGGAGCAGGAGACCUCUUCAUUAUCAAUGAAAACACGGGUGACAUCCAGGCCACAAAGAGACUAGACAGGGAAGAAAAGCCUGUGUACAUACUCCGUGCCCAGGCUAUAAACAGAAGGACUGGAAGACCGGUGGAACCAGAAUCAGAGUUCAUCAUUAAGAUCCAUGAUAUCAAUGACAAUGAACCAAUGUUUACAAAGGACGUUUACAAUGCCAGCAUUCCCGAAAUGUCAGAUGUCGGUACCUUUGUUGUGCAAGUCACUGCAACUGAUGCUGAUGAUCCUACAUAUGGGAACAGUGCUAAAGUUGUCUACAGCAUUCUCCAGGGACAACCAUAUUUCUCCGUUGAGUCUGAGACAGGCAUUAUUAAAACUGCUUUGCUAAACAUGGACCGUGAAAACAGGGAGCAAUACCAAGUGGUCAUCCAGGCUAAGGACAUGGGAGGCCAGAUGGGCGGAUUAUCAGGAACCACCACUGUGAACAUCACAUUGACUGACGUAAACGACAAUCCGCCUCGCUUCCCCCAGAGCACAUACCAAUUCAGAGCUCCCGAGUCUACGCCUCCUGACUCACCGGUUGGCAGGAUAAAAGCUAAUGAUGCUGACGUGGAUGAAAAUGCAGAGAUUGAAUACAGCAUCACUGAGGGGGAUGGUUAUGACAUGUUUGGAAUUACCACAGACAAGGACACACAGGAAGGAAUUAUAACUGUCAAAAAGGCAUUGGAUUUUGAAAGUAAAAGCCUGUAUAUUCUCAAAGUGGAAGCUACCAAUACUCAUGUGGACCCUAGAUUCCUCUACCUGGGGCCAUUCAAAGACUCAGCUACAGUCAGAAUUCAAGUGGAGGAUGUAGAUGAACCCCCUGUGUUCAGCAGACCAGCGUACAUAAUGGAAGUGAAAGAAGACAUUCCAGUAAACAGUGUAAUAGGAACAGUAACUGCUCAGGAUCCAGAUGCUGCCAAGAACCCUGUCAAGUACUCUGUAGAUCGACACACUGAUAUGGACAGAGUAUUCAACAUCAAUUCAGGAAAUGGUUCGAUAUUUACUUCAAAACCCCUUGACCGGGAAACACUGCUAUGGCACAACAUUACAGUAAUAGCAGCAGAGAUCAACAACCCAAAACAAAGCAGCCGUGUCCCAGUGUUCAUUAAGGUUUUGGAUGUAAAUGACAAUGCUCCAGAGUUCGCCAUGUUUUAUGAGACCUUCGUCUGUGAAAAUGCAAAGGCAGAACAGCUGAUACAAACAUUAAGUGCUGUUGAUAAAGAUGACUCUUACAGUGGACAUCAGUUUUCAUUCUCCUUAGCUCCUGAGGCAGCCAGCAGCUCAAACUUUACACUACAGGACAACAGAGACAACACAGCGGGUAUUUUCACCAGAAAAAACAGAUAUAGCCGGCAUGAAAUGAGCACCUACUUCUUGCCAGUGGUAAUAUCAGACAAUGACUACCCUAUCCAGAGCAGCACUGAAACGGUGACUAUUCGAGUAUGUGCUUGUGACUAUCGAGGAAAGAUGCUGUCCUGUAAUGCAGAAGCCUUGAUUCAUCCUACUGGUCUUAGCACUGGGGCUCUUAUUGCCAUUCUUCUCUGUAUCAUUAUAUUACUCGUUACAGUGGUGCUGUUUGCAGCACUGAGACGGCAGCGGAAAAAAGAGCCUUUGAUUAUUUCCAAAGAAGACAUCAGAGACAACAUUGUCAGUUAUAAUGAUGAAGGUGGUGGAGAGGAAGACACCCAGGCAUUUGAUAUCGGCACGCUGAGGAAUCCCGAAGCCAUAGACGAUAAUAAAUUGCGCAGAGACAUUGUGCCGGAAACACUUUUUAUGCCACGGCGGACUGCGACAGCACGAGAUAACACAGAUGUCAGAGAUUUCAUUAACCAAAGGUUAAAGGAAAACGAUACAGAUCCAGCGGCACCCCCGUAUGACUCGUUAGCAACCUACGCAUAUGAAGGUAAUGGUUCUGUGGCCGAGUCCCUCAGCUCCUUGGAGUCGGUGACUACGGACGGAGAUCAGGACUACGAUUACCUCAGUGACUGGGGGCCACGGUUUAAAAAGCUGGCGGAUAUGUAUGGCGCAAUGGACAGUGACAGAGACUCUUAAUAUGUUGCCUUUUUUUCCUUCUUUAUUUUUCCCCCUUCCUCAUUUUCAGAAACAGCAUUGAGAUAUGUGAAGUGGCUAUUUCUUUCUAUUUCUCCACAGCUGUGUGAAAGGGUUCUGUGUUCUACCCGUUCAAAUUGUUUAAUAACUGCAGUCUGUGUGGAUCAGCUGUCAGAAAACUUUUUCUAGUAUCAUUUUAUGAGCUUCCAAGAGGCAAAAUUCUUAUUUUUUAGUGCAUCCAGUUUACCAAGCCGAUCUUACAGGCACGGC